AUGCUCCCUGAUGUACUCAAAGUACACCUGUGUUGGGUUGUUACUGUUGUGGUUGGCAGCAAUGACGGGGAGGGUGGUCGUGGUAUGCGGGAGGGGGCACUGGGCAGUGGCGGCGAUGUUGAAUGCCCACUGGUGUUCUCAUUCCAGAUGGCAGAUUGUGGUGCAAAGGGUGAGGGGGACAAUGAGGGCGAGGGCAAGGAUGGCGAGGAGGGUGAUGGCGUAGGUCUCCUUGAGGAAGAAGAUGGCAAGGGCAAGAAUGAGGAUGAGGGAGGCGAUGAGGAACCAGCUGGUGAGUAG